AUGGUGACAGGCUCCUGCCGGGAGAAGGCUCAGAAGCUGAAGGAGCAGCACCAGCUCAUCCUGCCCAAGCUGCUGAGGGAGGAGGACAAAAAGUACUGCACCGACUGUGAGUCCAAAGGUCCUCGAUGGGCUUCCUGGAAUAUUGGUGUAUUUAUUUGCAUCAGAUGUGCUGGAAUCCAUGGAAAUCUUGGGGUUCAUAUAUCCAGGGUCAAGUCAGUCAACCUAGACCAAUGUACACCACAACAGAUACAGUGCAUGCAAGAUACGGAAAAUACUAAAGCAAGACUACUCUAUGAAGCCAAUCUUCCAGAGAACUUUCAAAGACCACAGACAGAUCAAGCAGUGGAAUUUUUCAUCAGAGAUAAAUAUGAAAAGAAGAAAUACUACGAUAAAAAUGUAAUAGCUAUUACAAAUAAAGAAAAGAAAAAAAAAAAAAGAAGAGAAAAAGAAAAGGAGCCAGAAAAGCCUGCAAAACCUCUUACAACUGAAAAGCUGCAGAAGAAAGAUCAGCAGUUGGAGCCCAAAAAAAGUACCAGCCCUAAAAAAGCUGUGGAGCCCACUGUUGAUCUUUUAGGACUUGAUGGCCCUGCUGAGGCACCAGUGACCAAUGGGAACACAACCACGGUGCCGUCCCUGAACGAUGAUCUAGACAUCUUUGGACCAAUGAUCUCUAAUCCCUUACCUGCAACUGUCAUACCCCCAACUGAGGGGAUGCCCUCUAUACCUGCAGCUGCCACUUUGUCUACAGUAAUAUCUGGAGAUCUGGAUCUCUUCACCGAGCAAGCUACAAAGUCAGAAGAGGUGGCAAAGAAACAACUCUCCAAAGAACCUUUAUAUGGUACAGGAACCAUUCAGCAGCAGAGUACUCCUGGUGUGUUUAUGGGACCCACAAAUACACCUGCAGCUCCUGGCCUUCUCGGAAAUGUGAUGGGACAGAGUGCAAGCAUGAUGGUGGGCAUGCCCAUGCCAAAGGGGUUUAUGGGAAAUGCACAAACUAGUGUGAUGCCACUUCCUCCAAAUGUGGUUGGCCCCCAAGGAGGAAUGGUGGGACAGAUGGGUGCACCCCAGAGUAAGUCUGGCCUGCCGCAAGCUCAGCAGCCCCAGUGGAACCUCUCACAGAUGGAUCAGCAAAUGGCUGGCAUGAGUAUCAGUAGUACGAACCCAGCAGUGGGUUUUGGCCAGCCCCCCAACACAACAGCAGGAUGGUCUAGAAGCUCAUCGGGUCAGACUCUCAGCACACAGCUGUGGAAGUGAAAACUGCAGUGCAAGUUUCAUCCAGAACUACCACCUGACACUCCUUGCUAAAACGCAUCUAGUUCCCCUGUUUAUUCAUGUACAUAUAUUUUUUUUCUUUUUCCUCAUUUGUUCAUAUUAAGAAUUAUCUGACUGACCGUGUUGGUCUGUACUGAUUAAAUUUGAUGUGAAAAGCAGGUUGAGAAACCAUUUUAUGUCAAGGGCAGCUUUGCUCAUUUCCCAUGAUUUCAUAAACCACAUUAUUUGAGAAGCUGCUCAGUCAACUUGCAGUAUCAGUUUUACUCUCAAUAAAAUUA